CGGGACGAGCUGAAAGGUCCGCUUCGAUCCCAAAACAUUCUCGAAACGAAACAUCAAAACCGCUACUUCCUCCAACUCUUCCUAUUCUGGAUACAGGUUUUGGAGUGACACGGUUUUGGAGUGACACGGAUAGGCCCAUGUCUUGUUGUCUUAUUCGAUCUGGCCGAAAGCUUAGGCCGAUCACCUGCUUCAAGUUCUGGUGAGGACCGAGGAUAGGGUAUGUACUUCUGUAAGGAGGUAAACAGCGACGCAUAGAUGGCUCAGCUCCAGCGUAUUUCCACACAUCUUAGCAGACACGCACAGGCGACCUCGUCCCAUCUGGUGCCAAGGGAACGAAUAUACGGCAAUUGCCUACAUCCCACAACCUCGGCAUCCUUUCACAGUUCCAGAUGGAAAGUCCAAGCCUCUUCCGUUUCUUCCUGGUUUCCCCUCAGCACUCUAAGCGAGUCUCUACUGGCUUGGCUUCGUGGGAUCAUUGUCAGGGGCACGUUACUAACUUUCUAUAUGUGGUGGCUAUCCCGUCCAUUGCAAAGUCAAACCAAAUCCGAAAAGUUCGUUCCUUGUCCAAAUCUCUCUGCUCCUCGAUCGCUUCACUCUGUCUUUUUAACAUUACUUGUACCUGGUGUACGGUAAAUCCACUCAUUCUAAGCCCAUUCUAAGUAAUAUGAAGUUCUUGUGUCUUUGUGGGGCGUAUGGAAGCUCCGAUAAAUUUAGAGUCCAACUUGCUCCGCUGGUCAACGAACUGGCCUCAGACAAUACCGCUGAACUUCAUUUCAUACACGGUCCUGUACAGGCUUAUCCACCAGAAGGCUUUGAGGAGUAUUUCGGACAAGCACCUUACUACCGUUUCAUUGAACCGAAUAGAGGGGAGGGUAAUGGAGAGGGUGACGAUGUUCUCCAACGAAUUCGGCACUUUCCUGAAGGAGCAACGGCAGAGGAUCAAAUGCGAGAGCUCAUGAGCUACGGUGCUGGUUCAGUUGGUUCAACGCCCGACUCCUCCGAUGAUGGCAGUAACUACGGCGACUAUUCAAACUCAAGCGCUCAGAAUGCCAUGGAUUAUCUUUACCAGAUUAUGGAGAAAGAAGGCCCAUUUGAUGGGAUCGUCGGAUAUUCUGAAGGCGCUACUGUUGCUGCAACAUUAUUACUGCAUGAGCAGCGAAGAUUCGAGAGAGAAGGGAGGAUUCCAAUGUUCAAGUGUGCUUUGUUCUUCGCUGGAUGGCCUCCCAUGACCCCGGAUUUUGAUGGUAUCGUUCUUGCAGAUGAGACAGACCUGACAAUCACCAUACCAACUUGCCACAUCAUUGGCUCUCUCGAUCCGUACUUAGCCGGGUCUAUUGCACUUUACAACAUAUGCGACAUGGACACGGCCAUCCUUUUCGAUCACGCGAAAGGCCACACCUUACCACGGCAUAAGGACACUGUCAGGGAACUGGGCGAUGUCAUACGAAACAUGAUAUCUGAAAUAUAAUCUGUCGGGCAUGUGGUAUCACAUUCAGCAUAUUUGAGCAUACUUUCACAACAUAAGCGGCGGCGCAUGUCAUGGGGUGAUCAUUGGGCGGGUACCCCUCAUAAAUCUACUACUAUAUAGAAUAUAUUCAUAAUAGAAUGCAAG